AUGGUUCUCUCACCGUGGAAUUCCGGUUCUCUAAUUCUCAUAGCAUGCUUGGUGAUCCUCGUUCUUCCAGCUCCUGCUGCAGCUUUUGGUGCUGGUAAUAUUCCAAGUAUUGCUCAAGUAGAAGGCCUUAACUUUCGCCAUGGAGACAUUGAAGAUAUGCUCAAGACUGUUGCUUUCAUCAAGGGCCACAAAUGGACAUCCAUGAUGGUCAAGAGAGUUUACUUUGGAAAUUGGCUACGUGACUACAGCCAAGCAGUUGAUGUAGGGUCUCUUAAAGGUGUGAAUGCGCCAACUAUCAGGAUCCUAGUUUGGGUUCUGAGUUUCUUGAGCUUCGGCUAUGCCACGGAAGAAUUCGAAGUCACCGAAGAGAGACUGGGAGUUUACAGGCCAGAAGAGCACAUAGACAAUCCCAAAGACUAUGCCGACAACAAGGAUGCCAGAGAAUUUGAUCCACGUCUAAGAGGUCCCGUUCAACAGGUCGAGCUUGAUGUUGAUAUGAACACUGGUAUGAAGAAUUACAUAGCCAACGAGAGUGGUGGUUGGGCCACCAGUGCUGGUUAUAUCAAGUUCAGCUUUGCUAGAAGUAUUCAUUUUGGAAGAGUUUACACCAAUGGCUCUGGUAACACGCGAGGCAAAGAAGCUGAUCUUUGUGAAGCUCUUCGCUGUCUCGGCCAAGGACUACACUGCAUGGAGGAUUUCGGAGCUCACACAAACUACACAGAACUCGCACUCCGUGAACUUGGUUACCAUGACGUCUUUCCUCACUGCGGGAUUGCCACAGAGGUCAAUAUUCGAGGGCAUCGUAUCUUUCCACUUGUCACAGGCACAUUCGGAGCUGUUGACUUUAUCCAUUCUGUUCUUGGUGAAGCCACUGAUCACUUUACCCAAUCGGAAGUUGAAGAAAUGGACGUUGCCUUGAAAGGUGCAGAGAUAGCUCAAAACCGAAGUGAUAGUCAGCUCAACGAUGGCCAGCGUGGAAUAUUUGGUUCUGGAGGAGGAACAGAUUUCGUCAGCCUUCUGACUCAAAUACCUGGGAUGGGCGGUGGUCUUGCAUCAACUGCUAGAGACUUGCAAGCACAAUCCACUGCGCAAGAGUUCGAGAACGAGACUGCUCGAGCAGAUGCCAGUACUCAAUUUGCUGCUCCUCCCACUAGUGGUGCUGCUGGAGCCACCUCCACCAUUCCUGGCAUGAGUCCGAACUUCGAUCCCAUCAAGACCGCUAAACAGAUUUACCCAAUCCUUGAAUUCAGAGACAAGGUUGUGAAAGCAAUCAAUAAUACAAUUGCCAAGAUUCCUGGCUUAGAGUCACUGAUUGAGAGGAUUAGUGAGACUCUGACAGUAUUCGUCCUUUCUCUUUUGGCGCCAUUCAUCAGGCCUAUCAUCGAGGCAGUCUCGAAGACAUUGAAGGAUGGCUCAUCAACUGUUGUAGAGGCUAGUGCUAACCAGCAAUUUGAGCCUUGGAAUGAUCCUCACUGCUCUAAUCCAACUCACUCCAUGUUGUCCAAAGAUCAUUUUUCAAACAAGUUGAAUGGGGUGGCUGGUCGAGUUGCAACCACCAUUCUUCAAUACGCAGCACCCCGCAUUCUCUAUGCUUGGGAGAAUCCAGGUGUCCCAGUGGAAGAAGUAAUGAAUGACAUCCUCCGAGCCUUCCACCACCCAGCCCUUCGCGACGAGUCCAUUGAGAUCCACCGAAACAUGUUCAACACCGUCCGCAAGUGGGUAGAUGAGCAAUCAGACCGCCAAGCACUAAACGGUAUCCUGUCAUCCGAGUCCGUCAAAGCUGGUCGAAACCACAAGACCAUUGGCGAGAAAGGUCUUGAUCAUUCCCAUGGUGCUCUAGGUGGUCACGGCAAGACAUCCGGUUCUAUCUGGAGCGAGAUUCAGAGCAGAGAUCUGGGAGCAAUGGAAGGUACGGAUGGAUACGUGGCAGCUUCAUACAUGUCUUCCUCACCUGCACCACCAUCUCCAGCACCACACCACUCCCCAAAUUUUGGAUACAAUAACAAUGCUCCUCGUCCCGGAAGCGCGAAUUACGACCGUCCCACUUCUUCAGGCGGAUAUCUAGCUCCCAACCCCGCACCAGGUAGCUACCAUUCUGGCCCACAACAUCAUGGCGGACAUGGGCAUGGACAUGGGCACCAUCAACAACCGCCUUAUCAGGGAGGAUACCAAAGUGCUCCUUAUCCUGACCAGCAACGGCCCCCGUAUCCUCCAUACCCAGGUGGGUACCAACAAGGGCCUCCUCCUCCUGGAGGACCCGGCUAUUGGCCUCAAGGACCCCCUCCACCAGGUGGACCAGGUUACCAGCAGCCUCCUUAUGGGGGCGGAUACCCAGGUCAGCAACCACCGUACGGUCAGUACCCACCUGGACCACCUGGAGGCUAUGGCUACUAG